GCACAAUGAGAUAAUAACUACACGACAAGAACUUGGGAAACCCAGGGGAGGCAGCGUCUGGGUUUGCACUCUAACAAGCGGCUAAAACUCCGAUCCUCUUCUUCUCUAUUAUUAUAUAAAUACAACUCAUGGAAUCUCUUUCUUUCAUCAACAACUUUCACAAAGCAUUUCUCCAUUUUCAAACAAAACACAAAGCUAAGAGUUUUCCAAUUAAGAAGAAAAAGAAAGAGAAAAAGAUGAGUUCAAGGAGCAAAGCAUGGUUAGUGGCAGCAACCAUCGGAGCCGUGGAGGCCUCGAAAGACCAAUUAGGUCUAUGUAGGUGGAAUUACAUGAUCCGAUCUGUGAAUCAACGUAUCCGAAACAACCUGAGAUCCGCUGCUCAGGCGAACAGGUUCUCUUCUUCGUCCACCACCGCCGUUGCCUCCUGCAAGGAUGGUGACAAGGCGAAGCAAGCUGAGGAGUCUCUCAGAACGGUCAUGUACUUGAGCUGUUGGGGUCCUAAUUGAUGAAGACAAAUGGAUAGAGAUUUUUUUUUGCCGUCGAUUGGAUCCGACAGGUUGUAUCUAUGUCGGGGAGCUGUGAAAUCGGAUUGUACAGAACGCAAUGAGUUUUUGGGGUUUUAACGGAUUCGAAUUGUAUAAGGCAUAAAUGAUACUUGUACAGAUUUCAGGGAUGAAUAUAAAAGUUUAUGGGAAAAUUGUCAUCUAAAUAAUGAACUUUCAAAUUUGGU